UUGACUCAUAUGGCAUGAGCGGUGGGAAGGCAAACAUUUGAGCUGCUGCUGAUGUGAGCACAUGGGGAGGGAAUAAAUCAGCUGGAACCCCAUUCACGGGCUUCAGUAUCAGGUGCAAACGUGGACAGGAGUGGAUUAUUAUUAUUUAUCCUACGGUUUAUUUCAUAUCUAGAUUGAUAAAAAGGACGUCUUGCUAUUAAAGUGACAAAUGCCGAGACUCGUGAGCCGCUGUUGGAGCUGCAGCACCGGUGUGAAAGCGAAAGAUCUGCCCGACUUGUGCAUCUGGAUGGCGUCGAGAAUGGGGGAGGUGAUGUCCGCGGUCACAUCGUGGCUCCUCUGCGUCCGAGCCGCUCAUUUAAUCCGCCGCGGGAUCGUCCUGUUCGCGGUCGGGGUGCUCCUGGCGCUGGUGCUUUAUUUCCUCCAGAUCCAGCGGAAGGACGCCCUGUUCCCCGACGAAGUGCUGGAUACCUGGUUCUCCUCAGCCUGCUGGGUUCCUCUGUGCUGUGGAACAGCUGCGGCCGUGGUUGGAUUGUUGUAUCCGUAUCUGGACAGCCAUCUUGGAGAGCCGCACAAGUUCAAGCGCGAGUGGGCGAGCGUCAUGCGCUGCAUCGCCGUGUUCGUCGGCAUCAACCACGCCAGUGCCAAGCUGGACUUUGUGAAUAACGUGCAGCUCUGUCUCACUCUGGCGGCUCUGUCUCUGGGUCUGUGGUGGACGUUUGAUCGCUCCAGGAGUGGAUUCGGUUUGGGCCUGACCACAGCGUUCUUCGCCACACUCAUCACACAGCUGUUGGUCUACAACGGCGUCUACCAGUUUCCGUCUCCUCAGCUGGGCUACGUUCGCUCUUGGCUGCCCUGCGUCUUCUUCUCAGGAGGCGUGACGGUGGGGAACAUCGGCAGGCAGCUAGCCAUGGGUACGAAUGAGAAACUUCACAUCGACUAGUGAGCGGCACAGAGGGACCCUGAACACCACAGCGAGGAGGAAUGGGACGCGUCUCGUCUCAGCUCCUUCCCGAUCUCUCGUUUGUGUUAAUAAGAGAGAAGGAUUGUCUUUGUGUGUGUGACGGUGUGUGUAUGUGUGUGUACGUCCGACGGACACGCCGCUGCGAGACGGACAAAACGUUAAUCGCAGGCGACAUUGGACUUCACCGCAGGAGCGUCCGCGGGGGCGCGAGAGGCUGUUUUGGGGUCAACUUCCUGUCAGUAACUGCUUGUGAGGGCACGCGGUUACCUCGUUACGUCAAGUGAUGCUAGAUAAGCCCCGCCCACUCGUCUUUCCUGAGUGCCAUUGACGUAUCCACAUCCCCCUCAAAACUCUGCAGCCGUUCCCCUGGCUCCGCCUUCUCUCCAUCCAAGUGCUAGCCACGUAGCCCCGCCCUCGUCGCUCAGGCUCCGCCCUGCACCAUGAAAUGUUACACUUGUGACCUCGUCGUCGCAGUUACUUCGUAAAAAAGAAAGAACUCUAUAGAGUCAUGUAGCACAACUGGGUUCACGUAUACAGUGUAUUAGCCUCAUACGUGUGG